CGUCACAAUCUGUACAAGUGAGUGAUCUUUGUUGCAGGUUUGAUUUUGCAGUGGGCAGUUUUUGAAGCAAUGACCAGAUUCUCCGCAAGCGUAACAACCAUUCUCUACUGGUAAUUUCACCAUCUUGCAUUUGACAGGAUCGAUGGCAUCGUCAAACCAUUCAAAGUACUGACAGGGCCUAAUUUAUAUGAAUGAAGCUGAAUCUGACCGUUACAAAUCCAACCGUUACAAAUCCGACCGUUGCAAUGAGUCACUGAGUUGACUCGAUACUGGUUUGGUUACGAACUCAGACGAGGGUUAAGUCGUCUUUUACCUAGCAGGUUAACUGCCACGUAGCCAGUUAACUACCUAAAUCCGUUUUUUGAAAAAAACGGGAUGGAAAAUGUCAAUAUCGGCCAGUUUAUAUAAAGAAUCAAAAAAACGGCCAGUUUCUUAAAUAUGGUUCAAAAAGGUGGUUACUUUAUUAAAAAUUUUGAUUUGUUAGACUAUAUAAAAUCGUCUGUGGCAGCAAAUUUUUAGAAACCAAUGGUACUUUUUUUUCUUCGAUAGCAGAGAACAGUGUUCCAUAAAACUACUUCUUAAAACCAUCAUUUAAGAAUUUAUUUGACAAUUUUUUGAUAGCAAAGACGUUGGUCCGUAGACUGUUUCCUAAAUCCUUUUUUUAGAUAUUUUUGGCAAUUACAGUGUUCGAACCCCAACCUUCCCAACUGGUUCUGACAGAUACUCCAUUGAAGUUGCUCUUAUAUAGCUCCAUGUAUCAUUUUUGGUCUUGGACGUACGGAGGAAGUUCCACUAGAUCCGUGUGUUAUAGCUUGUUAUCCCUUUACAUUUACUCUAAGCAAAGAGAAGAGUCUUAAAUUGGUAUUGGUCUUGUCUGUUUGCAAUGAGAUUUUUUUUUCGUGCUACAAACCAACAACAAAGUCAAUUUCUUUCAUUAACGCAUAGAAACUUCCUCAAAAUGCAUUUGAUUUAAUCUGUCGAGUAACCUGAUGUUCAUGUUCUCGAUGAUUCUAGGAGUCGUAGUGAGCUUAACUACAAAAUGAAAAAGAACCUUUGAAUGCAACUUGAACUCUUAAUGUCUAGGCUAAUUAAUUAAUCUUUAAUUUUAUUUGUCAAGGUUUUAACAUUUGUUAACUAAUUCUUCAAAGUCAUUGUCUGGCAUUACAUUUUUCUAGUAGUGUCAUACUGCUACAAGCUAGCCCCUUCGACCACUCGGUCAGUCUGUGGUGGUUCUUGCUUCUCCAGACACUUAAAUACAGUAGACCUGUGUAUACCGAAUAGAGAGAGCGAGAGAGAGAUGUCAAUUAGUAAUAUUCCGUGUCUCUUGUUUCUUCUUCUUCUUGUGUCGUUUAUCGAACAAUUAGCAACACUUGGGUUUUGUCAAGAAAUUAAUGAACUUAGAAGAGAUGAUUUCCCGUCUGACUUUGUUUUUGGUGCUGGAACUUCAGCUUAUCAGGUUGAAGGAGCCGUGGCAAAAGACGGAAGGAAACCCUCUGUAUGGGAUAUCUUCACUCAUGAAGGUAAUGUCAUUGACAAAAGCACAAGGGAUAUAGCAGCAGAUGGAUAUCACAAAUAUAAGGAAGAUGUGAAACUAAUGAGUGAUUUAGGACUUGAAGCUUAUAGAUUUUCCAUAUCUUGGUCAAGGGUCCUUCCAGAUGGCAGGGGAGCUAUGAAUCCAAAAGGCAUCGAGUAUUACAAUAAUCGCAUCAAUGAAUUAAUCAGUCACGGAAUUCAGCCACAUAUUACCCUGUACCAUUUGGAUCUCCCUCAAACACUUGAAGAUGAAUAUUUCGGAUGGUUAAGUCCUAAAAUAAUUGAGGACUUCACAAAAUAUGCAGAUGUCUGUUUUAAAGAAUUUGGUGACAGGGUUGGUCAUUGGACUACUUUGAAUGAACCAAAUAUAAUGUUUAUAGCCUCAUACAACUCCGGAUUUUUUCCACCUCAACGAUGUUCAUAUCCAGGGGGGUUAAUCUUCAACUGUACAGUUGGAAACUCGUCUGUUGAACCUUAUAUCGCUAUGCACCAUUACUUGCUUAGUCAUGCAUCAGCUGCAAGACUCUAUAAAGAAAAAUGUCAAGCUAAGCACAAUGGAUUAGUAGGUUUGAACCUUAAUUUUCUUUGGGCUCCUCCAAAAACAAACAAUACUUCAGAUAGGAUAGCAUCUAAAAGAGCUAUUGACUUCUAUAUCGGCUGGGCAAUGGAUCCACUGAUACAUGGUGAUUAUCCUGAGAGCAUGAAGACAAGAGUUGGCUCAAGAAUCCCAUCAUUCACGGAAACCGAAUCUGAACUCAUAAAAGGAUCAGCAGACUUUAUAGGAAUAAACCACUACAAUACAGUUUACAUACAAGACAACCCAAGUAAUGCAACAGACGGACAUGCGGACUAUUACGUUGAUAUGAAUGUUAAAAUGUCAGUUACGAAAGACGAUACACCUGGAGGUCAAUUUGAUCCAACUGGCUAUAUGCCCUCAAACCCGUCUGGCUUACAUAUGUUGCUUCAGUACUUAAAAGAGUAUUAUGGAAAUCCUCCGGUUUAUAUCCAUGAGAAUGGUUACUCGGCACCUAAGAAUGAGGAACUAAACGACACUGUGAGAAUUGACUACAUGAAUGGAUUCAUCGGAAGCACACUCAAGGCUAUCAGAAAUGGAACAAAUACAAGAGGAUGCUUUGUGUGGUCAUUCGUAGACGUUUUCGAGGUGCUGUUUGGAUACACCACUAGGUAUGGACUUGUUCAUGUUGAUUUUGAAGACAAGGAGUUGAAGAGGCAACCAAAAUCAUCUGCUCGCUGGAUAUUGCUUCAAAAAUAAUGUUAUUUUCACAGCAGGGCCCAAGAGCUGUCUGCAUUCUCUCAGCUAACGGGGCUGUAUCCACAGUGACACUUCAGCAACCUGCAUCUUCUGGUGGCUCAGUCACAUAUGAGAUUUACUUUUAA